UAUGCAUUUUUUUCAAAGCUUCAUAUCUUAGAGAGACUUUAUUCAAAACUUCUGAAAUUUUUUAUGCAAACUAGUCUAGCUGAGGCCUUUAUGCAGGCAAAAUUUCAGGUCAACAUUUGAAAGUAUAGCUUUGCUGUCACUGUAGGCGUACAAUAAAGAAAAUUCACUAAGAGCUCGAUAUCUCCUCAGAAACAAGCCAGAAACCCGAACUUUUUUUACCGUAGGCAUAACUCACUACGGACUACAAGAUGCACGAAACCCCGAUUUAAAAGCGCUCCCGCACCUUGGAAGGUUCCCUAGUUAGUAAAUUAGUGGUCAAAGAUUAUGAUGUGCCUUUUGAACAAUUAAUUAAUAUUUUAUAUGUUACUUGUAAUUUAGUUACGUUCAAAAGUGAUCCAUUAUCUUUGAAUGAUGUUGAUUUAAAUUCAGUUCAACAAACUAAGCGUCUUCGUUGUUUAUCAGAUAGAAAUAAAAUUAGAACGGUGGAUAUGUCUUAUAAAUAUAGAUUAAUUAUAACAUUGGAUAUACCUUAUAAAUAUACAUUGAAAAAAAUUCAGUUGUUCAUCAAAUUAUUUCGUCAAUUGGAACAUUUAACAGUUGAAGUAAACACUACAGAACUUGAACGUGCAGUCGAAUAUUUAAUUGUAAACAAGUAUCAUAAUGUACAUGGUUUUUUAUUUUUAUGUUUUGCAGGAAUACUUGCAUGGGAUCUUCACAAAUUGACUGUAUUUAUUCAUAGUAAAGAAUUAAUUCAUGAUGAUUAUGUUACACCUGUCAAUUUUACUGUAUAUUUAAAUUAUCUUGAUGAUAAUUGUGGAAUGUUAUUGAAUCCACAAAUGUUUCAUACAUCAAUGCCAAUAAUAUUUGGUCCAGAUGAAUGUCAUACUGUCUUAGAAACAAUAUUUAAUUCAUGUAUUAAAUGUGCUUUUGAACAAAAAUCAUUUAUUAAACGAAUAUUUGAUGUAUUUCCAAUACCAAAAGAUGAAAUUAAAGAUUCUCAUAUACAAAUUAAAUUGGAAACUGAUAUAAUUGUAUAUAUUUCACAUCUUGAAACACAAGAUGAGUUUUGGGAUGUUAUUCAUACAUUUCAAAAUGUUAUUUUAUCUAGUAAUGAUCUAUUUAUUUCAACUCCACCAUCGACAUUUCUGAAUAAUCAAAGUAAUGGCUCAUCAUCAUGUUUUCUUGAUCCAUCUGUAUUACCUGAUAAAAAAAAAUCUUCAUCAUCAUAUCAAUCAACAAGCUAUAAUAAAAUUAAACGAAAAAAUCCAGAUUUAACUCUAUAUUCAGAUGAUAAAACAUUUAUCAAAUCAGCACGAACCAAUUCUAACGAAAGAUCAGUUUAUGAUACAAAACCUUCACCAAAUAAUUAUCCAAUAUCAACUUAUCAUUCUGAAUCAUUUACACCAAAUUUUAUUUCAUCUAGAUAUGUUUUUGAAGAUUUUCCAAAUGAAAUUAUUUUUGAAAUAUUUCAAUAUCUUAAUAUUUAUUAUAUUUAUAAAGCAUUUUAUAAUAUCAACAAAAAAUUUCAACAUUUACUUUUUAACUCCAACAUUCCACUAAAAGUCGAUGCUACAAUUACAAUAUCAAAAUUCAAUUUUCAACAUUUUUAUAAUGAUAUGAUUAUACCUAAUACAAAUCGUAUUACUGUUCUUCGUAUAUCAGAUCCAUUUAUUGCUGAUAUGUUUAUAACACCAUCUCAUCUUAUUUCGUCUUUUAUUUGUCUUAAAAGAUUAGUUCUUGACAAUAUUAGUAUCAAGUCCUUCGAUGAAAUUAUUAAGAAUUCAAAUGUUGUUUUCCCUGAAUUAAAUACAUUAAUUAUAUACCCUAAUGAUAAUCAAAUUUUACUUUAUUUUUUAUAUAGAACAGUUCAUUUAUUAAAAUUGAAAUAUUUUAAAGUGGAAUAUGAGAUUAAAAUACUUCAAACACCAAUCUAUUAUCAUCUUGAUAAAAAUCUUAUUAGUACAAUUGAACAUCUUGUUAUUAAUAUCUAUUUUCCAUAUGAUACAUUUUAUGAUGUAGUUUGUAGAAUGCAUAAACUUCGUAGUUUAUCAAUUGAUUUGCUCACCGAUUCCGAUUAUCCGAAUGUACCAUCGUUUAAUCUUAAUCCUUCAUCAUUUGAAAAUUUAAAAAGAGUUUGUCUUAAGUUACAAAAAAUUCGUUUUAAUAAAUUUGAAGAUAUUGUUCGAAAAUGUUUUAAAUUUGUCGAAGUUUUAUUUAUUUCAAUUGAAGAUGAUGAAGAAUAUUUAUAUGCAGAACGAUGGGAAAAAUUAAUUUCUUCUCAUAUGCAGAAUUUACGUAUCUUUGAUAUCUAUCAUAAUGGUGUUCAACUACAAAAUCAAUUAGAUUAUGAUGAAUUAAUUCAUGCAUUUACUUCAUCGUUUUGGAUUGAGAAACAUUGGUUCUUUACACAUCAAUAUGAUUGUUUUCAAUCUUUUAAUAUUAAAGAUUCUCAUUCAACUCAUCCAUAUAGAAGAAAAAACUGCGAGUUUCAUUGGCAAUUGAACAAAGAAAUUCGUCCAUUUCAAGGAACAAAUUUUAAUUCGGUCGAACAUGUUCUUAUUUAUGGUACUUUACCCAAGACAAAUUGUGCCAAUUAUUUUCCAAAUGUCAACCAAUUGACAAUUAAUCAUUAUCCGGAAAUACUUCAUGAACCAUUAGUCAAUAUCAUUAAUCGUAUUAUUCCAUUGGAUCAACUUAGUAAAUUGGUGAUCAAAGAUUUUGAUGUGCCUUUUGAACGAUUAAUUAAUAUUUUAUAUGUUACUUGUAAUUUAGUUACGUUCAAAAGUGAUCCAUUAUCUUUGAAUGAUGUUGAUUUAAAUUCAAUUCAACAAACUAAGAGUUUUUGUUCUUCAUCAGAUAGAAAUAAAAUUAGAACGGUAGAUAUGUCUUAUAAAUAUAGAUUAAUUAAAACAUUGGAUAUGCCUUAUAAAUAUUCAUUGAAAAAAAUUAAGUUGUUCAUCAAAUUAUUUCGUCGAUUGGAACAUUUAACAGUUGAGGUAAACACUACAGAACUUGAACGUACAGUCGAAUAUUUAAUUGUAAACAAGUAUCAUAAUGUACAUGGUUUAUUAUUUUUAUGUAUUGCAGGAAUACCUGCAUAUGAUCUUUACAAAUUGACUGUAUUUAUUCAUAGUAAAAAAUUAAUUCAUGAUGAUUGUGUUAAACCUGUCAAUUGUGAUUUAUGUUUAUGGUGGUAA